AUGGAUAUGAAUAGUGGUGUAAAUCCGGCUCAAAGUGACAAUGUGAGAGAGCAGUUGUAUUUAAAUAGUGAAGAGGAGAAAGCUGUGUAUCACAGAGAGCCACCGCCGUCAUAUGAUGCGACGUUCAACUCCGCCAACACUGUGCCUGAACCAGUGACCAAUCAGCCAACGUCUCGAACUGUAAUCAUACACGCGCCACUAAAGGAUUCGCCGAUGGUCUAUAAUUGCCCCAAAUGUGAUGAAAGGAUUGUCACUGCUGUAACACAUAUAAACACACAGAGAACUCAUAUGCUUGCUGGUUUUCUUUGUGGAGUCUUUUGUUGGUGUUGCCUUUGUUGUGUUGCUGCAGUCCCCUACCUAACAAAAGUAUUUAAGGAAACACAGCACCAUUGUCCCAACUGCAAAUCAUUUUUAGGUUCCUAUUCUAAACUAUAA